AUGUAUGGUUAUGUUGUUGGGUUGGGGUUUGUGGUUGGGGUUUGGGGUGGUGGUGGGGUGUUGGGGGGUGUGGUGGGGUGGGUGUUUGUUGUUGGGGGGGUGUGGUGGUUUGUUGGGGUUGGGGGGGGUUGGUUUUGGGGUGGGUGGGUGUGGGGUUGGGGGGGUGGGGUGGUUUGUUGUUUGGGGGUUUAUGUUUGUGGGUUGUUGUGUUGGGGUGGUUGGGUUUGGGGUUGGGGUGUUUUUGGGUGGGUGUUGGGUUUGGGUUGGGUGUUGUGGUGGGGUUUGGGGGGGGGGGGGGGGUGGUGGGUUUGGUGGUGGGGGUGGUGUUGGUGGGUUUGGGGUGGGGUGUUUUGGGGGGGGUGUGGGGGGGUUGGUGGGGUGUGUGUUGGGGGGGGGGGUUGGGGGGGGGGUGGGGGGGGGGGGUGGGUGGGGGUGGUGUUGUGGGUGGGUGGGGGGGGGUUGGUUUGUUGGGUUGGGGGUUUGGGUUGGGGGGUGUUGUGUGGGGGGGGUUGGGGGUUGGUUGGGGGGUGUGGGGGGGGGUGUUGUUGGGGUUGUUGGGGGGGGUGGGGGGGGGUGUGGGGGGGGGGGGGGGGGUGGGGGUGGGUGUUGUUGUGGGGGGGGUUGGGGGUGGGGGGGGGGUUGUGUUUUUGGUGGGGGGUGAGUGUGGGGGGGGGGGUUGGGUGGGGGGUGUGGGGGUGUGGGGUGGGUGUUGGUGAUUUUUGUUGGGGGGGGUUGGGUGGUGUUGUGGUUGUGUGUGGGUGUAGGGGGGUUGGGUUGGUGGUGCUGGGGGGGGGGUUGGGGGUGGGGGUGGGGGGGUGGGGGGGUGUGGGGGUUGGGGGUUGUGGGGGGUGGGGGGGUGGGGGGGGUGGGGGGGGGGGGGGGGUGGGGGUGUGGUGGUUGUUUUGUUGGGGGGUGGGGUUGGUGGGUGUUGUGGGUUGUGUGGGGGUGGGGGUGUGGGUGGGGUUGUGGUUGGGUUGUUGUGGGGUGGGUGGGGGGGGGGGUUGUUGGUGGUGGGUGGGGUGGUGGGGGGGUUGUGUUUUGGGUUGGUGUUUGGGGGGGGUUUUGGGGGUGGUUGUGUGUUUGGGGUUGGGGGGGUGGGGUAGGGUGGGGGGGGGGGGUUUUGGGGGUGGGGGGGGUGGGGUGUAUGUGGGUGGGUUGUUUUGGGUGUUGUGGAGGGGUGGGUGGGGGUGGGGGUUUGGGGGGUGGUGUUGUGGGGUGGUGGGGGUGGGUGUGUGGUGUGGGUUGGGGGGGGGUGGUGAGUGGUGUGGGGGUGGUUGGGGUUGGGGGUGUUGGUGGGUGUGUUGGUUUGUGUUUUGUUGUGUGGUUGUUGUUUGGUGUUGGUGGUUGGGUUUUUGGUUGUGUGUGGGGGGUGUGUGGUUUGUGUGUUGUGGGGUUAGGUUUGUGGGUUGUUUGUUGUUGUGUUGGGGGGGUGGUGUUUGGGUGUUUGGGGGUGUGAUGUUUUGUUGGUUUUGGUGA